AUCAAGAAAUUAGCUGUUGAGGAGAAUAACAGCCUUUGUGUUGAUUACAAUAUGGCAGUAGAUGCUGCAAAGCAGAAACCGCGAUUUGGUGUUUGUCCAAAACUGCCGGUUUUCAAAAGUAUUAGUAUUAUGAAUCGUUGCAUCCCCGAAGAUCUCAUUACUUUCGGUAAAGAUCUACUUCAAAAGGUGGUUGAACUAGACUGGAUUCGCGGAUAUCUCCAUGACUUGAUUGAUUCCUCUCCUUUUCUACUCCAAAUGUGUUUGGUGGCAUUAGUUCUCGCUUUGUUCUCGAUAGCCUUAUUAAGGUUCUUUGCUGCAGUUAUCGUUUAUUUCGUAUACUUGGCAGUCGCUGUUUUGGCUAUAGGAUUCUCCGGAACUGCGUGGUAUGUGUUCUGGAAGGCGUACAAGAAAUCACUGCCGCCAAGAAGCAAUGAUACCGUUACCGAAGCCAUCGCACCUACUUUGACUCCUACAUCAAAACCUCGUCAUAUCACUGCGGCUGUGCUGUUUAAAGACAUCGAUUUAGAAACAAUGUUCAAUUUUGAAAAUACUACGAUAGCAACGCUUUUUGCAAUGGGCCUUGGAACUACGAUAUUCAUUGUCACUGCGGUGUGGUGUGUUCUACCGCGAGGCAAGAAAAUGAUUCGGCUUUUCAAGGGAGCAUCAAGGGCACUGUCGGCAAUGCCAUCUCUGUUAUUGCAACCUUUGACCAAUGCUGCGCUCGUUCUAAUGGUUGCUGUCUACACAUUGAGUGUGGUACUUGUGCUCUUUACCUCAGGUAGCCGUACGCUAAUCUUGAAUUCUGUUUUCGUUUGA